UGGGGCCAUUGGUGGCAAUAUUUAUAUUAUCCUAUAUCCGAAUACACAGGCCCCCUGGCUUUUUCAAAGACUGCUCUUGCAAGCAAGGCAUAAUUCAGGCUGGCUGUAUUCCAUUUGCCUAUCUGUAAUCUCUAUAUAAACCUGAUAAUGCACUAAGUACUUUAAUAUCACUUCUUGGCAUAUAUCCAACAUUUCCAAAUAUGGCAAACCACAUGUCACAGGCUUCGAGAUCGCAGCAACUGCUCAGGAGUGAGCGCCGAAUGUUCUCGGCAUCUGAUGAUAGUGCCAUGAUGAAGCAAAUUCAGUCGACUCAUGCCCCUGAUGGUCGUGAAGUUGAUGUCAAACCCAUUCUCCAAAUCAUUGACGACGUUUUGCGUAAUAUCACUCCUAACAUAGAUCAUGCUCUAAAGGGUGGACAGGGGCACGUGGAUGCCAUUGAUGAUAGGACCAGCCCGGCUGCUACUGAUGGCAUUCUUGAAGCAUUGGCUUAUAUCAUACACAAAAUCUCCUGCGAGAUAUCAUGCAAGUGCACAGGAGGAGGAGAUGCUCAUGCAACAACAAUGGUGCUGCUCAACACGCUUUCAAGCUAUUCAUGGGAUGCAAAAGUGGUGCUAACAUUAGCAGCUUUUGCCGUGAAUUUUGGGGAGUUCUGGCUGAUUGUUCAGCUCUGCACUACAAACUCACUUGCCAAAUCUGUAGCUCUCCUCAAGCAACUGCCAGACAUCUUAGAGCAUUCCCAAACGCUGAAACCCCACUUUGAUGCACUCACCAAACUCAUCAAGGCGAUGAUGGAUGUAACUAAGUGCAUUGUUGAGUUCACGGAGCUACCUUCUCAGUACAUAUCGAGCGAUGUUCCACCAAUGUCUACCGCCAUGGCUCAUAUCCCCACAGCUGCCUACUGGACCAUACGAAGCGUUGUCGCUUGCGCUGCACAGAUUACAAGCCUUGUAGGCUUGAGACAAGAGUUCGUUACAUCGACCUCGGAGGCAUGGGAACUAUCAAGCUUGGCGCAUAAAGUUAGCAGCAUACAUGAACACCUUCGAAAGCUAUUACAUCUUUGUUAUCAGCAUAUUGAUGAGAAGAAGCAGAUAGAAGCUUAUGAAGGCCUAAAGCACAGUCUUGAAACGCCUCAAAUAGACAACUUGAAGAUUCUCAUAAAAAUUUUCUCGCUCAGCAAGGAAGAUCCUAACUCUCUCUUGGGUCCAGAUAAGAACAAGAUUCAUAUGGACGUACUGAGAAGAAAGCACGUGUUACUGCUUAUUUCAGAUCUUGAUAUCUACCAUGACGAGAUUCAGGUUCUUGAGCUUCUGUACAAAUAUGACAGGUUAUCGUCUGAGCUUAAGUAUGAGAUUGUAUGGCUCCCGAUUGUGGACAGAUCAGCUUGGAAUGAUAGUUAUCAGGAAAAAUUUUUGAGUCUGCAAUCAAUUAUGCCAUGGUAUACUGUGCACCACCCUUCCAUUAUUGAACCAGCAGUCAUUAAGUACACAAGGGAGGUAUGGCGUUUCGUAAAGAAGCCAAUCGUGGUGACAUUGGAUCCACAAGGAAAGGUGACAUGCCCAAAUGCACUCAACAUGUUGUGGAUAUGGGGAAAUGCAGCCUUCCCGUUCAGCACUGAGAAAGAAGAAAGUCUAUGGAAGGCAGAGGCUUGGACGAUUGACCUACUUGUUGAUGGGCUUGAAGCAAACUUAACUGCCUGGAUAACACAACAGAGACUCAUAUGUUUGUAUGGUGGUGAAGAUAUUGAAUGGAUCCGAAGCUUCACUUCUGCAACAAAAACUGUAGCACAGACUCUUGCCAUUGGCUUAGAGAUGGUUUAUGUUGGAAAGAAUAACGCCAAGGAGCGGGUGAAAAAGAUCACCGGUUUAAUCAAUGAAAAUCAUCUUAGUCACGCCUGGGAAGAUAACACUGUGUGGUUCUUUUGGAAGCGGUUGGAGAGCAUGUUGUUCUCGAAAACCCAACAUGGCAAGACCAAUGAAAUUGAUGUUAUAAAGCAGGAGGUCAUGUCACUACUUGGCUACGAUGGCAGCGAACAUAAUGGAUGGGCAGUAUUCUUUCUAGGAAAAAGUGAAAUGGUGAGAGCCAAGGGAGACAAAGUUCUAAGUAGCAUGCAAAGUUUUGGAAAAUGGGAAGACCUUGCUAGAGAAUUGGGUUUUAUUCCAGCACUCCGGAGGCACCUGGAAGGGAUUACCGACGAUCAUCACUGCACCCGCCUUAUCCUUCCAGGUAUCAGUGGCGGAAUUGCAGAGAGGGUGGUCUGUGCUGAGUGUGGACGUCCUAUGGAGAUGUAUUUCAUGUAUCGCUGCUGUGUUGAGUAAACCCAAAAAACAAGACGUUUGAUCAUUGCCUAGAUAUCAGAAUAACAAUCACUUUAUAGAAUGCAACAUCUAAUGCUUGUAUUUGCUUUUCUCUUGCUAUUAUAGUGGUCAUGUUUAUGAGACACCAGUAACGUUUAGGAUCUUAUCAACCGUCAUCGGUUGUUGAAGAGUCUUAGGUAGCUGGUUUUUAUGAAAGUGUGCUGUUGUAAGAUUACUUUGCUAAAAUAACGAGUUUUCUGAGCUCUCUCAGGCUAGUCUUCUUUUCUUGUUCAGUUUCUUUCACCGGUAAUGUGGGAUAAUGCUUAGGGAGCCUUCUUUUGAAGCAGAAGUCCCUUCUUUGCGUUUGAACUUUGAACUUUG